CCAGUGCGUGCACCACCAGCUGAAGAGAAACCUUCAACAAGUCCGCGGUCUAUAAAUUGAGUUAAACGUUGUGCAACCAAUUCCACACAUUCAGCUUCCAUACAUAUACGUAUACAUCUCCCUCAUCAUUUUCCUCCACACUUCUGCAUUAUUAUUAACUAAUAAGCAAUUUUUUUAAGCUACGAUGAAGAUAUCAUCAGGCGGUUACGUCAAUGUCGUGUUCAUCUUCUUGCAGCUUAUUUCUUUAACACAAGUCCUCGCGCAGACGCUUACAUAUACCUGUAAUUAUGGCCCAUGUUCGGGUAUACAGAUACCUUGCCCGAAACAAUGCCAAGGUGGCGUUACCGACAUUGAACCUUCUAAAUUUUGCAUUGUCGACUGUGAAUCUCCAAAAUGCGAGGCAGCGUGCAUAAGUUUGGGGCCCGACUGCACCGGAACAGGUUCUGGAUGUCAUGAUCCCCGCUUCAUUGGAAAAGAUGGCGUUGUUUUCUACUUCCACGGAAAGAGCAACCAACAUUUCAGCUUAGUCUCCGAUACCAACCUUCAGAUCAACGCCAGAUUCAUCGGCCACCGCCCCGCCGGCCGACCCAGGGAUUUCACAUGGAUUCAGUCCCUGGGAAUCCUCUUCGGCUCCCAUACCGUCUCCGUUGAGGCCACCAAAGCCGCCGUAUGGGACGACCAAAUCGACCAUCUUAGGUUCUCUGUUGAUGGUCAACAAGUCUUCCUCCCUGAAGGAUUUCUGAACAAAUGGACGUCGCAAGUAAAGAAUAAUCAAGUACUUAAGCUGGAAAGAAGCGCAAACAAGAACAGUGUGAUCAUUUCCAUCCCCAACAUUGUUGAGAUUGGAGUCAGGGUAGUGCCCGUAACAGAGGAAGAGAACAGAGUUCACAAUUACCAGAUUCCUGACGAUGACUGCUUUGCUCAUCUGGAAGUCCAGUUCAGAUUCUUCAACCUUUCCUCUAAAGUGGAUGGGGUGAUUGGACGUACGUAUCGGCCUAAUUACGAAACUCCGGCAAAGUUAGGAGACCCAAUGCCUGUGUUUGGAGGUGAAGAUGAAUACAGAACCACAUCACUCUUCUCUGCGGAUUGUAAGGAUUGCUUGUUCAAUCCAAACACCAAUCUAAUUAAUAACCCAUUGCCUAUUGAUUACGGAACUCUGAAAUGCACCAGUGGGCUGUCCCCUGGGGUUGGAAUUGUCUGCAAGAAGUGACCGGAUCAAUCGCGCCAUAAUAUGGAAAUAAAGAGAAGAAGGUUUUCCGUCCUUACACCAAAUCUAUACAAUGGAAGCUUAUUCUUCUUCAACUGUUGUACUUUUACUUUGUUUCAGUAAUGUUAUCAUCUGUCUCCUGUAAGAAUAAAUGGUGAACUUUCAUGUUGAAUGUGGAAUCGAA